ACGGUGUAAAGCCGCGUUGUUCCUGGUAAUUUCAUAGGCUUGCAUCAGUUUGAGCCACAAUUAUUCUACCAUUAUGACUGCAAAAUGUAUAAAAAGGCUAAAGCUUACCUUGGAAGAAGAUUCCUCACCAUAAUAAAAUGGCAGAGAGCAAAGAAUCCAAUUACAAGCUUUCCGCAGUCCAAACUGGUUCGCUGGUGGGCCAGAAAGCGGUGGAUGUCAAAUAUGCUGAUGUGGCUAUCCAGUUCAUGCAGGAGCAUGAUGCAGAGACACCAUUGAUAAGCCCAGAACAAGAAAGAAAGCUUAAUCGCAAGCUCUUGUGGAGAGUGCUUGGCCUCACGUUUUUGAUCAAUUUGAUCAUGUACAUGGACAAAGCCACCCUCUCCUACAGUUCGAUUUCGGGGUUUUGGGAGGCUACUGGGUUGAACCAGAACAAAUACAACAAUGUGAACACCGUUUUCUACGUGGGGUUCAUAGUGGGGCAAGUUCCUGGAACCUACUUGAUCCAAAGAUUACCUCUCAGUAAGUUGAUUGCAGCAAUCUGUUUCUUUUGGUCGCUUGUCAUAUUUUUGCAUUGUGCUGCAUUCAAUUAUGCUGGAGUUAUUGUGUUGCGGUUCUUCUUGGGAUUCUUUGAGGCAGCGUCCAUUCCAAUUCUCACUACCACCAAUGGGAUGUUCUUAAGUUUGCAUGUUAGAGAAUCUACCCAACCAAUAUUUUAUGCUUCUUGCAUGGCGUCGCCAAUACCCAUUGGUUUCAUCAGCUAUGGUGUUUUGUACUCAAAGGCAUCCAUCGGAGACUGGCGAGUAUUGAAUAUCAUUAUCGGCGGUUUAACCUUCUUCUUAUCAAUUUUCGUCUAUUUCUACUACCCCAAUAAUCCCAUUGAGGCCAACUUUUUGAGCACCGAGGAAAAGGUGUGGACUAUCAGAAAAGUGCAUGGAACCACACAUGCCUCGAUUGAACAAAAACAUUUCAAGAGAGAACAUGCCAUCGAAGCGUUCAAGGAUCCCAUUUCCUACUUAAUUUGUGGUUUCUUCCUUUUGCAGCAAUUGGCAAACAACUUGACUUACCAGCAGAAUUUGUUAUACGAGGAAAUGGGUGGCCUUAAUAAUUUGAACUCUACUUUGGUUUCUGUUGCAGGAGCAGGUUUUGCGGUUGUUUGGUCCGUUACAGCUUGUAUUUUCAUGGUGUUCUUCCCGAACAAGACCUGUUUCACAAUUAUUUGGACUACGAUCCCCGCAUUGGUCGGGUCCAUAGCAGCAGUUGCUCUCCCGUUGAGUAACUCCAUUGGAGAGCUUGCGGCAAUCACUUUGGCCUCGCUGUCUUUUGGCGUAGGUUGGAUCUGUGCUUUUGGACUCGCCCAGACCACUGCUGGGUCAUCUUACACAAAGAGACUCGUCAGGAACGCUAUGGUGUUAGCUGCCUAUUCCAUCUCCAACAUCAUUUCACCACAGAUCUGGCAGUCCAGAAACGCACCUAAGUAUGUCCCUGCUUGGAUAGUUCAAAUUGUGUUGAGUUUCACAAUUGCACCAGCCUUGAUCGGGGUAGUGUGGUACAUUUUGAGUGUAAGAAACAGAGUUAGGUCAGCUGAGCUCAACGAAAGAGAAAAGACUGGCUUAAUUAAGGAUGACGAAGGUAACGAGAUUGAGGUAGACAUUGCCACGCUUGAUCUUACUGAUCUUGAGGACAAGACGUUCAUUUAUCCAUUAUGAUUUUAUAGAUACUAGGAAAUAAAAGCUAAUAUGAUAUCUGGAAC